CUCAUAUGAAAAUUUUCCCCUCUCUGCGUCAUUUCCUUUUCUGCUUCGAAGUCCUACCGGGCGGAUCCGGCUGUGAAGGUUUUGUAUUCUUCAAAGCCCGUACCGGUAGGAAGUUAAUUUCCGAAGUCCCCCAGAGUAACCGGGGAUGGAAGGAAAAAUUUGUUUUCAUCGAGUUCCCCCCUUUGUCACCCCUUUCGCCGGUCUGAAAUGGAACGACCACCUCCUUGACCAAGAGUACGCUGCACCGGCUUCCUCCCCCGACUUGGAGGCGAGUCUUGAAGUCCUCAUGCGUGGCGAUCCAUACACCGGGAGGGUCUUCCACUACGGCAGCUGGGUCUGGAGGGUCGAGUCGGGUAGUGAGGGUACCUCCCAGGCCCAUGAAGCAGCGGGGCGCGGGGUACCCUCCCCGGGCAACACUGCGGAGGCUGAGGGCAACUCUCACCCAGAUAUGAAGUUUGAGGAGUUCGCCAUCCCUGACGACCAACUAGCCGGGGAGACCGGGGGCUCCCAAGCCAAUCCUGCCAGGACUUUCCCGGUCAAUCCAGAGACCGUGGAAAUCCUGGAUGAAGAUGAGCCCCAAGACAACCGGUCUAAGGGGAAAGAAAAAGAAAAGGCCGGUCGUCGGGUGAAGAAGGUGGCCACCACGCACCCUUCUUACGCCAAGAAGAGGGCUAGGCCGGAUUCUGAGCCGGCCGGUCAGACCAUCGAAGAAGCCUUCAUCAAUCUGGGGCUGAGGCUGAAGGAGGCGGGGGAGAUUGGGCCGCAUACAGCAGACCGGUUGGGGAUGAGUUCCCCUUCCGAAGUCGACCGGCUGAAGAGGGAGAAAGAAGAGAUGACCCUCAUCUUGAAGAGCCAGGCUGAUGAGCUGAUCAGGCUGUCUGGGCUAGCCGGGGCCAUGAAGACCGAGAUCUCCCUGCUGAAGGAGAAGAAUGGUCGGCUUAUGGAUGAAGCCUCUAAGGCCAAGAGGGAAGCAACGGAGAAGGAAAAGACCUUCCCCGGGCGCGCAGUCGCCUGGGUUGAAGAGAACAAGGCCGUUGCUGCCCGGGUGAUGACGGAGACGCCGGAGACCGCGAUGGAGUCCUUCAGGCUUCUGUACCGGGAGCCUGAAGGAAGGAGAAUGAUUACCGCGAUUGGAUCCUUCGUAUUCAAAAGCAGACAAAAGAAAGACCAGAUCGCCUCUCACCGGGUACUGCUCAGAAGAGACCCGAGCUUCAGCGCGGCAUCCUACGGCCUGGCUCCAAUCCCAGAAGAAGAGCCUACUCCCCCUUUCCCCCUAGAUUAAGAACUCCCCGGCCUUGACCAGUUGUUUUGUAAACUUCUCAACUUGAAAUUUCCUCGGGGAUGCCCGGUGUAGCUGUAAACACUUAACAU